AGCUCGUUUUCGCAGAUAGGGACGCUCAGGGCGCAGCGGGACACGAGAGAGCUGGAGGCGGAGCGCGUGGUUGGUUGGGUGUUCGCGGGCGGGCGGGCGCCGGGAGAGAAGACGGGAGGAAACACGUGGCUGCGCGGUGCCGGGGCGGGGGGCGAGCGCGAGCGGGAGCGCUCUGGCCGCCGGGGCCUGGCUUGGGGCUACGGGAGGCUGUUGCUUGAGCGUGUCCUCUCGGUGCGAGACCUGAAGCUGCAACCGAAAGGCCGUAUUUGCAACAGGGCUAUUUACCGGCAUUAGCGGGCUGGCUUUUUGCUUCUUGUUUUUAAAAGCUCUUUUUCUGCCUGCAGCUCGGGAAAGAGGCAGCAAACGUAGCCGGGGGUGCCCCAGCCAGCGAUCGGAGCUGUGAACACGGUUGUAUACCUAAGGUGAAGUCUUUUCUUACCAUGCAGAAAAAUAAAGGUCGAACUGGUAGAAAGAGAAGAAGAAAACAAUAUAGCAGUUUGCCUUCAAGUGGAGUAAGCCAGAGUCACAAACUGGAAUAUAUACAACUUAGGAAUUGGCUGAAAGAGAGGGGGUUUGAUGACCGAAAUUUAAGACCAGCACAGUUUUCAGAUACGGGAAGAGGCCUAAUGACCACAAAAGCCUUUCAGGCAGGGGAACUGAUUAUUUCGUUGCCGGAGAAAUGCUUGCUCACCACUGGUACUGUCCUUAGUAGCUACCUUGGGGAAAACAUUGCAAAGUGGAAGCCUCCCAUAUCUCCUUUGAUAGCAUUGUGCACAUUUUUAAUAGCAGAGAAAUAUGCUGGUGAGCAAUCUGUGUGGAAGCCUUAUCUUGAUGUUUUACCAAAGACCUAUACGUGCCCUGUUUGUCUGGAGCAAGAAGUAGUGAGACUUCUUCCUGAGCCCUUAAGAAGGAAGGCUGAGGAGCAAAGAACAGUGGUCCAGGAACUAUAUACCUCUUCCAAGACUUUUUUCUUUUCUCUGCAGUCUUUGUUUACUGAGAAUGUAGAAACUGUUUUUAACUACGAUGCCCUGCAGUGGGCUUGGUGCACCAUUAAUACUAGAACAGUAUACAUGAAGCAUUCACAGAGGGAAUGUUUCUCUAGAGAGCCAGAUGUUUAUGCACUAGCACCUUAUUUAGAUCUGCUAAACCACAGUCCAAAUGUUCAGGUAAAAGCUGCAUUUAAUGAGCAGACAAGAUGUUAUGAAAUCAGGACAGAUUCACAUUGCAGAAGACAUGAAGAACUGUUUAUCUCUUACGGCCCUCAUGAUAACCAGCGACUUCUGCUAGAAUAUGGAUUCAUUGCCAUCAACAACCCACAGAGUGGGGUUUAUGUCUCAGCAGAUAUCCUUCUUAAACAUCUCCUUUCAGCAGACAAGCAGAGAAAUAUGAAGCUUUCCAUUCUAAAGGAUCAUAACUUGUUAGAAAAUUUGACGUUUGGAAGGGAUGGGCCAUCAUGGAGACUCCUCACGGCUCUCAAGUUGUUAUGUCUUGGAGCAGAUGAAUUUACCUACUGGAAGAAAGUGCUGCUUGGUGAUAAAAUUUCAGCCAGAAAUGAAGAGAGCAGUUUGAACAUAGCAGCAAAAAUAUGCUUUUCUUUAAUAGAGGAGACACAGCACAUCCUUCACCAGAUUUCCCAAAUGAAAAAGGAAAAGGUGAACCUUGAAAACCAGCUGGCUUUGGUAGAAGUACUGCGCCUGGAAGAUCUGACAAUCCUGCAAACAUCAGCAGCGAUUCUGUACAACUUACAUACUGCAAUAACUUGACCUGUUCAGAAAGCAGACUAUGACUGUCACAGCACAGUGGCUUUUACUUACCAGGAGCUAGAGACUUGCUUGACCCAAACAUUUUUGAUGACCAGUAGCAUCAAGGAAUAAUGUAAAAUUAUGGUGGAAAAGCUGCCCAGUUUCAUUUAUGGGUUUUGGCAUUAGCCAUAGGGCCAUAUUCUGCGCCUCCUCUCCUGAGAGGCGCAGCCUAGAAAAUGCAGGGGGCAAGAGUAGCUUUGUCAUCUUUGUGUCGUCUGGAUUCUGGGCUGCUGUGGGGACCAAAACAGCUCCUGGCAUAAUUAGAGCAGUCCUAGGGGUUGCAGUCCAGAAUCUCCAUAGUGCCAAGCAGCUACUCCCUGGUAUGUCCCUACUUUUGUGGCUUACAAGGGAGGGGAGUGCAGAGCUACUUGCCUCACCCUAUGUUGUUUGUGUGCCAGCGCUAUCCUCUGCUGACCCUUUUCUAUCUCAUUUAUGGACCCUGGACUUGGCUGGGAUGAUGAUAUAAGGUCUGGAGCAUAGGCCAUGUCAGCCCCAGAAUGACUGAAAAACAGUCAUCCAAUGCCUAACCCAAAUGCAUGUAUAGUACACUGAUGCUGGAGGCUCGGGUGGUGGCCAUCAUGCAGAAGUUUGGAUUUCCCUCCCCCAUUUUAAAAAUCUCCUCUAGAUUGUUGCUAACCUAUGAUUAUUGCUCCUCCUCUGAACAACAAACAGAUGUGCUUGAGUUAUUUUGAGCUGUGGUGUUGUAACAGUUUGCAUGUUGGCUAUUCAGGAAAUCCACUCUGAUACUUUCCACCAGUCCUGAUUGUCACCUGGAGAAACUUCCUUCGCCUGUCCCUUUUUUGCCUUUCCUGAUCAAUCUAGCUGGACAUCAUACUUGUCGGAGGGUUAGGGUAACUAUUGACAUUGGGCCCAUACCUUGUAGGGCCUACAAGAAUGGUCUUGUAUCUUACUACUUUUUUGUGUGCUUUCCUGCAGGCCCUUGGUCUCUCACUUUUGUGUUUUCUAGUAUGGAUCUGCUGCACGUCAUCCAUUUACUAAUACCCUGGUAGCUUUGGAAAAGCUAAUGUGGGAUAAAGUCUUGAUCAAGGGAGAUACGUGCAGGUGAUGGGCAAAGCUUGAAGAGGGAAGGAAAGGGGAUAUCUUAGGUUCCACGGCUAUGGGCUUGGUAUAAGGACAUAGAUUAAUGGCUACAAAGUUGGUUGAAAACUGUCAUGUGCACAGGGCCUGUAUAGUUGGGGAGCUGGCUGACUCAGAGUUAGAGGCAAAAAGGGACACUUAAAGUAUCUAGUCUGACCUACUGUAUAUCACAGGCCCCUAAAUUUCACCCAGUUACCCCUGUAUUGAGCCUAAUAACUUGUUUGACUAAAACCUAUCUUCCACUUUGGCAUCCAAUCUUGACUUGAAAUCAGUAAAAAGAGAGAAUCCACCACUUUUCUCAUGGUUCCAGUGGUUAACCACCAUCACUGCUAGAGAUUUAUGCCUUAUUUCCAGUUUGCAUUUGUCUGGCUUCUGCUUCAAGCCAUUGGUUCUUGCUCUGCCUUUCUCUUCUAGUUUAAAGACCCUUUUAGUACCCAGUCUUUUCUCCCCAGGAAAGAACUUGUGCGCUGUAAUCAAGUCACCUCUCAAUGUUUUUGAUAUUGAGCUCUUUAACUAUCUCAUUGUGAGGCAUUUUCUCCAGCCCUUGAAUCAUUUUAGGGAGCUAUUUUCUGCACCCUCUCUAAAUUUUCUACAUUGUUUUUAAAUUUUGGAUACCAGGAUUGUAGGGGCAGAAUUCUAGUAUCAGUCUCACUAAUGCUGUGUACAGAGGUAAUAUCCUCCCCCAUUCCUACUAGUAACUUUGCAUUUGUCUGGAUUAAAAUGCAUUUCAUUUGAAUGGGGCCGGCUUUACCAAGCAAUCCAGAUCACUUUAAAUGACUGCACUGUCCUCAUUAUUAAUCACUGUGCCAAUCUUUUUGUGUUAUGUGCAAAUUUUAUCAGCAGUGAUUUUUUUAUUUUUUAUUUUUUUUUUAAUAUAUUUACUUCCAGAUCAUUGAUGAAAAUGUUGACAAGCGUUGGGAUUACUAUCAAUCUCUGCAAAACCCCACUAGAAACACUGCUUGACAGAUAUCCUUUGAGAGGCAAUGUCUGCAGCCUGUGGAGUACAGACACUACACGUGUAGCUACAUGCUGCAGUGAAAGGCAAGCUGUGUAUAUAUGCUUGUUACUGUGGCGUAUAGCUACAGGCUGCAAUGAAAGUCUCCAGCAGCAGGGAAUGGGAAAAGGCUGUGACAAUGGAGAAGCUACUGGAAUCUUUCCUUGGUCCUGGAGCCCCUCACUGUGGAGGGAAAAGGCUCAGGCAGUGGGAUGCGACACUGUUAAAAAUAGAAGCAUAGAUGUGAGUGUGUAGAGAACCUGUGUUGGGUGUAUAUACCGUGUGGUUCAAGUGUGUAGGAUACUCUACUCGCCUAAGCAGUUCCUCCUCAUUUAGACUGCUAUUUAUAUGUGUGCUAGCUGGGCAUGCGGUGUCUCUACAUUUAUGGCAGCAUGUAGACAUACCUUAAGUGUUACACUGCCACAGUUCAGAUCAGCAGAGGUACCGGAGCUAGAGUUCUUUCAUUUUAAGCAGGAGGACUUUCUUGUAGCAGGUCUCUCUCCUCUAUAAUUUCCCCCUACCCACUCUUGGUCCAAGAGUGAGAAUUUUAUUUUUGUCAGAUAAUUACUGAAAUGGGAUGAAAAGCCUAGAUGAUGUGAAUAAAAGAGACUACUCUCUGGGAAGGGAGCUGAUGGCUACUUUAUUGCCCUUUUUAUGGUACCCAAUUGCUCUUUGCCUGCUAUGUUACGGCAGCUCGUGGCCUCACAUGCAUCUUGUAAGGAAGUCUUACUAUAAUGUUAGUCAUACAUAAAAUGAAUUGUAGUAUACAAAAAUAACAUAAGGCUGUAUUUUUAUUGUGUGUUUUGAACAGCUCCUAGCACACCUAAUAGGAGCCUGGGCCAUGACUAGGGCUCCUAGAUGUUACGGUAAUACCUUAUUAUUUGUAAUAAACUGAACGUACGUACGUAUGUACGUUCAUUUUAGUUACAUCCGCAAAGCCCAUCUAUUAAACACUUCUAAAAUAACUUAAUCUCUUUGAAGUGGUGGCAAGAGUCUCUACAAAUUACUCCCAGCAUUUUACACUCUCAGUUGUACCGUCGUGUAACAUGUCCUAGGGGCCCUUACAGCAGCUGGGGAAGGGCCAGAGUGUAGCGAGUUCCAGCCAUGCUUGUGCCUGCUCUGAUGUGACCACUGUCCCCGGAGUAUUGAGAAGGGGUGGUGUGAAGCUGGCUAUGCUAACUCUGCUCCAGCUGAAAAUUCUCCUAGGCAGGGGAAUUCUCAAUAGCUCAUGUGGAUCCUUUUUGUAGCACUGAGGAGGUUCAAAGGGAACUUUGGUGCUGAGGAGCUGGCUUGAGGACUUCAGGCCAUUAGCUGUGGCUAAUGCCAGGAACUGAUUAUCCGCUUAGUUUCAUUUAAUAAAAUUAUCCCUAGAGAACGUAGGAUGUGACCCUGAGUUGCUAUCAAUCUGCAUAUUUCUAUGUAGUUAAUGGAACUAGGCCAAUGUAUACCAGCUGAAGAUCUGGCCUUGAGUAUGUUGAAUAGUUAAGCAGUGUUUUACAGAGUUAGACAGAGAGGGGUUUAGAAAUUAUUUUGAGGUGAUACGGGGCUAUAAUUAAGAUUUUUUUUUUUGGCGGGGGAGGGGGAGAUUGCUCUGCUUAGAGCUAUUUCCAUUUCUCUAGGUAUGCUAGGUGGCCUUGGACUUGCAGGAAUACACUACAGUUUAACAUUAGUAGACUAAUGUCAAAGGCAAAAUCCUGCCCCACCCUUAAGUAUGAAGUCACAAUCAGUGCCUGUGUAGUACGCUUCAACAUCAGCUUUGCUGAAUUUCAGCCUUGGGCAUAUGUGUAAGACUUCAAUGGGGCUUAAGUGGUUUGCUGAAUCAGGGCGUAAAAUACGUCUGAGCUAAGGCAUCCUAAGAUGGUUUACCUAACCAGUGCAACCACUGUUGCACAUUCUUAGCUUCUCUAGCUCUCAUUCUAGAAGCUCUUGUUCUAGACUCUUGUUAUCUUAGUAGUUUAGUUUUAGGAACUUGAUGUUAGUUAACAUUUGGCUCAAAGAGUUUAAUCAGUCUGUCAUUUAAGUGUAGCUCUAUUAUGAAAAGAGACACUGUAAAAGUUGCCCAUUCUCAUUCAUUCCACAGAUCUACUCCCUGUGGGUGUCCAAGGCAGAUCUGCAAACUUCAGUAUCACCACUAUGUUUUUACUACAUUUUACUCCUGUCAGUGAUGCAGCACCACUGUAGAUUUGGGGGAAGCAAGCUAUAUUCAGUUCUGACUUGCGCAUCAGCAGCAGAACAGCUAGAGUCACAAAUACAGAGCUACAUUCUGCCUUCAGUUAUACUUGUGCAACUACAGAGAAGACAAUAGGACUAGAUAGGUGUAACAGCAGCAGGAGCAAAAUUUUCAUGGCUGGUGACAGUACUUAAGGCAAGAAAUAACUCUGCUUGACUCUCUGAUCCUAAGGCGCACUGCUGGCAUUUAGCGGGGGAAAGGUGGGUUUUUUUGUGUGUGAGAGCUGAACAAAUGAAAUCUGGAGUCACUGAAAAAUUAUAAACAUGGCACCCUACAAUGCUAUCUUCCCUGAGUCACUUUUUAGAAUAGAACCUCACUUUAAAGUGAACAUCCUAUGGAUUUUCUUUGAUCUGUCUUCUGGCGAGUGGCUUCUGGCAUUUCUUUAGCGAUAGGGUGGAGAUCAUUCAUAAUUUCUUAAUGGUUUUUAGAUCAACUGUUCAGAACAAGAUAAGAUAGCAUCAGCUCUCAAGCCCUGUUAAUUAAAGCUUUACGUACACGAUGAAAAUGUUUAAAAAAUGACACUCCCUAAGGAAGAAAUCUUUAAGUAGUGUCUCUAAGGAUACAUUGCCCCUCUAAGGUUGAACACUUCCUGCAAAUAUAAAAUCUUUUUGAAGAUGGUCCUUGGGAAUUAUCUGAAGUGAUUGCAAGCACUUAGUGCAUCUAUAAUUAUAGAUGAACCUGAUAAACAGAAUGCUGGGAAAGGUUUGCUGCACCAUCUGCCUGGUUUGUUUAAUUAUACAGUACACCGGGACUAAGUUUGCUGAACACUUUGCAAACCUACCCUUGUGUUCAUUUUUGCAGCAAAAUCAUGUGGAAUUCAUAGUUUCAACAUGAAGCCAAGAGAAUCUUGGCAUUCGUGACUGAUUUUAGUCUCAUCUAAACCCCAAACUUAUAUGAUGUUAAUUCACACACUGACAUGGAAAGAAGUCACAUAAUUCCCAUAAGUUUUAUAUUUUAAUAUUCUUUAGGAUGUCUAAAACGCAGCAAUGAAGUUCUGUAUUAUUAUUUAUUUAUAUUGUAUAUUGCCAUAACUCCUAGGAGCCCCAGUCAUAGACCAGGACCCCAUUGUGCUAGAUGCUGCACACAGAACAAAGAGACAGUCUCUAUCCCAAGGACCUUACAGUCUGCAUAUAGAACAUGAGCUGACCACUAAAUACAAGCAGCUGAGGUAAUACAAGGAAACUGAGGCAAUACUGUGCAAAUAGACAACAUAGUCAUGGUGUGGGAAGAGGUAGAACACACAAGCAGAGUGAACAGUGAUGGCAGCAAAUGGCAUAUGUUAGUUCCAUAAGUUUUUGGAGGGAGACAGGUUGGUGGAUUUACUUUGGAGGGAUCAGCUAAAUGGAAAGAGAAGGGAAGGAGAGAGUAGAAGGGGCAGGUGUUGAGAGGCUGAGGUGAAGAGACCUGCAGAGGGAAGGGGAGGGUUAGAGUGGACAGCCAAUCAGCACAGGACACAGAAUUAGAGAACAUUCUCAUUUUGACUGGAGUGCCCAGAGGUUCCUACUUUGCCAUUAGUCAUAAUAUACCAGUAAGCAAAGAAUUAAUGUGAAGCAGUUUCUCAUUUAUUGUUUCUGCUAACCCACACAAUGUGCUAAGUUCAGAACAAACACAAAGGUGUUCAGAAACACAAUACUGAUCAAACUGCAUGAAAUUACUGUAAUUUCUGUAGAUGUCCACUAGAUGAUGCAAAUGUACUGCAGAAAGAUAGGAAACCCUACAUUAUAGCAAGAAAUAAUUAUAUUUGCUGUAUUUUAUAUUUUAAUAUUAGGGGGAGAGUAUCAUUUUUUCAGUGGGCUGUUAUUAGAUUUCCAUAGUUAAGAAAAAUAUCCAUUUGUUUAGUUGCUGUUAGGAUCAAGUUACAAAGCUUGUAUUCUAGUCUGCUGCAAUGUUGGUUCCAGAAUAUUAAGAAACAUGGGUGUGAGGUACACAGAAGAAGCUUGUCUCUUCCACCAGUAGAAGUUGUCCAAUAAAAGUUGUUACCUCAACCACCUUGUGAUUUUAGUCCUCUGCAUUUAGGACACAACAGAAGCAAGAUGUCUUGAAGGAAAAUGAUCUCUUAUUCGGCAUGCUUCCAUCUUUUUAUGUUUUAUCUAUCUUUUUUGUAGUAGCCUUCCCAAAUUUUAGAGCAGGUCUGAAACUCCAGUCCAAGACACGGACACAGACCUUGGGUGAAUUCUGAUCUGAUGCUAUUCUGGCUCAAUCCCAUUGACCUGAGGUCUAGUCUACACUACAGAAUUCACUCAACACAGUGCAGCAAAAGUGGACCUAACGAUGUGUCUAUACUAACAUUUCACUCCUGAGAACAUAACUGCCCUGCUAUGAUGAUAAUUCCACCUCCAUGAGAGGCAUAGAGUUAAUGUUGAUGUAGUUAGGUCAACACAAUGUCAGUGUAGACUCUGUUGCUUACAUUGAUUUUCAAAAGGCAUCCCAGAAUGCCCUACACUGACAAUAUAAUUGGGACAAGCAUUCCUAGUGAGGAUGUGCACUGCUGACACAAGAAGUGUAGUGUGGACACGCGAAAGUGAUUUAAUUAUUGCAGUAGCUGUAUGCUGACCUGACUGAGGUUGCCAUAAUUUUGUAGUAUAGACAUGCCCUUAAUGAGGUUGCCCUGGUGUAAUUGAGUACUGUCCACUCUCCUUUUUUACAGAUUCGGGUCCUGAAUUCUCCUCUCAUUUAGACUGAUGUAGCUCCAUUGUCACUGAUUGGACAUGUACAUAUUUGGGGCUGCCAACCUCAUGUCACCUGCAGCUACAUUCUAUUUUUAGUGCACUACCUCAAUCAGAGCUAGCACAGGUAUGUCCCCUCAAAUUGGGAAUUAUACUUCCAGCUCAAAGUGUAGCCGUACCAUUAGAUAUAGAGAGAAGUGCAGUGCCACAAACACUGCAACUUUUGGUCUGCAAAAUGCCAAAGAAAGUUCUAAUACCUGGCUGUUUUAAUCAUAGUUAAAAUCAAAAUGCUGAAAACCCACUGUGACGCUAGCAGGCCAGGUGCCAGCUCUCGCCAAGGCUGCAGGCAUUAGCUAAGACCUGACAAACUCAUAGCUGGAGACCAGACCAGUUUACUUUUGUAUUAGUUUUGCUCAAAAUAGGUAUUAGUCUUACAAGAAUGUAUUUAGUGUUCACUCUAUAGAGUGUCUGUAUGUGCUGCAUGCAUUAAUCGUAUUUGUAAUGUCUGUAUUCCGUGCUAUAAAGAAAUAUGUAACUUUUGCUUUAUAACUUUGAAAAUGUUUUUUCUAAACUUGUGAACUCAGAUGGGAAGAGUGUUUCUUCCCAGCCAUCCAGAAAAACUAUUAAAAUCCGAUGGACCAUCAAGGAACAUCGCAAUAAAAAGGAUUGGUGAAUGGCCCUGUUGCAUCUUGGAAAUGAUACGUGCAAGGAAGCUUGUCCUAUGGACUUGAAGGCUGAAUCUAGGAAAUAAAACAAAGAUACAAAAAAAAAUUUCCAUCUCUUUGCUGUUUGAACAUCUCACAGGGAGAGAAAUGCUAAACUGAGGCCAAGAUCCCCAGGGUUUAUCCUCUGGGACUGCCCUGAAAGACAUCUUGAAUUGACACAUCAUCACAUCUGUCAUCUUUAGGAACCAUAGAGGGUAACUCAUUUGUGUGUAUAUAUUUCCUUUCUUUAACCUGUAUUUAACUCUUAUUUCUUUUUCCUAAUUAAUACAUAGUUUAUUACAGGAUUGGCUACAGGCGUUGUCUUUGGUGUAAGAUCUAGGGUACCAACUGAUCUGGGGUAAGUGACUGGUCUCUUGGGACUGGAAACAAGCUAAAUAUUUUGUGAUUUUUGGUGUAAGUGACCAUUUAUCAUUAAGGCCAACUUGCCAGGGUGGCAAGAUAUACUGGAGAGUCUAAGGGGACUGUCUAUGACUCCAUUGUAAGACUGUUACAGUGAUUCAGGAGUUCACAUUUGUUACUGGGUUGGUGAAAUCUAAUUGUAGAACACAGUCUGCCCUGAGGCAGGCACUCAUGGUCGUCAGCCACUCCAGACAGUAUGACACCCACCUCCCAUCAGCUUAUGCUGCUUGAAUACUUUUAACCUAUCCUUAAGGGUCCCCAUGAGUGACAAACAUUUUAAAACAAAUGCUGAUAUACUAUAGUUGUUACCAGUUGCAGGUUACAACUUGGAUGACCAUCGAGAGUCUGAGAGAGAGAUCCUCUGCACGCGCUACAUGCAUUUUGACCAUUUUAAGGAAUAAUUUUCUCCAUUAGACCACUUACAUUGUAAAGAAUGAUGUAGAACAGAGAUCUUAGCAGAUCUCCCUUUGUUUAUAACUAAAAAAGAAAACUCUGGCUGCUUUUAAAAGACAUGAGAAUGAGUUUUGUCUUCCUUUCCUAUUACUGUCAAACAAACUUUACCUCAGCCCUGAAUAUCACAUGGAAUUUGUCACUGGCAGGAAACAUAAACUUUAUCUUGUGAAUAUAUAACUUACAGUUACUUCUUAAGAAGAAAAAAAAAUCCUUUCAUCAUGUACUAUUUUCUUCACUGUUUUAUUUCACUUAAAACAUCACUCAGUGCCAAAUGGUAUUUGUCAGAAGUAAUUGUCAAAUGCUGGAGGCAGUUUUCAAGGCUGUCUGGAUGGAAAAUCUCAAGGCAGUUGUCUGCGUUGAAAGAAAAUAUUACAUUUGAUCUUUUUAUGAUUCUCACAGACGAUGUAUGUCUGCAUUUAGCUUGAAGAAUUCUUGUUCUUUUUAACUGACAGGAAGUAAAACUUUACUAUUAAUUGAUAGUAUUGUCUGAGAAAUAACUACACUAUACAAUAAUGUAAAUUUUUUUUUUUUUACUCUUCACAAAGAUUCAUUUUUAUUAGCCAUCUACUGUGGUUUUGCUUGUUGGCAAGUUGUAAUACUUUGAAUGAUGACCGUGACUGCAUUUCAUCUACACUUGUAUUUGGGAAAAAUAUUUCUUCCAAUGUGUUUCCUCAGAGUAAUGAGUCUCACUUAAAGAUUGUCUUGCAGUAAAUCACCGUUUCCUUAA